AUGAGUCCAGUUACCUCUCUAUUACCUGAGAGGAAACAACAGCUCAAGGAGUAUGUUUGCGACUGGGGAUUCAUUACAUUGGAUCUGUCCGAAAGAGAAUUGGUAGAGUGUGUUUUUAUCAUCAUUAGUCAAGUAAUGGAUCAUCCCGAUUUGAUCUCUAUUCGGAUCGAUUCUGACGCUCUUUACAACUUCUUGUUCGAUGUCUGUAAUUCAUAUCACCGUGAAAACAAUUAUCACAACUUUCGCCAUGCAGUUGAUGUGUUGCAGGCCACCUAUUAUUUUCUCUCCAGAAUCGGUUGCAUUCAAUUACCAAACACACCCGUAGAGACCCACAAGAAGAGACCAAAGAUAGCAAACUUAGCCAGAGAUCUCUUGAGACCAAUUGAUACCUUUGCAUUAUUGAUGGCAGCUGUUGGCCAUGAUAUUGGGCAUCCAGGAGUAAAUAACAUGUUUAUGAUAAACUCCUCGACACCUCUUGCGAUCCUUUACAACGAUCGUUCUGUUCUGGAAAGCUUUCAUUCGAUGGCAUUUUGUCAUUUAUUACAACAACAUGGAUUUAGACAAUUGGUAGACGUCAGAAACUAUCCAGAAUCUGCUGUGCCUUUCCGGAAAGUAGUAGUUAGCAGUAUUCUGGCCACUGACAUGGGCCGGCACGAGGAAUAUGUCAAAAGUGUUGAAGAACAGGCAGUCCGUUUAAAGAAGAAUGCCAUCAAUUUCCAAGAUGAGCGACAAUGUGAACAAGAGCGGUUGAUUAUAUGCGGAGCAUUGAUCAAAUGUGCUGAUAUCAGCAAUUGUGCAAGACCAUUCUCAUCAGCAGAGAAAUGGGCCAAGCUAUUGGUAGAAGAGUUUUGUAAACAGGGAGAUUUAGAGAAAGAACUAGGUAUGCCAGUCUUACCGAUGAACCAGCGAGGAAAACUCCCCUUGGAAGAUUUCCAGUUAUCUUUUAAGCGUAAUGUAGCCUACAAAUUAUUUACCGCAGUGAAAGAUGUAUUACCAGAAAUGGAAUUUACUGUAAAAGGAAUAGACAAAAAUAUAGAACUCUGGGAAGAAAUGAAGCGACGUGGUCACCAUGACUCUGGGGUAGGUGAACUCUCUUCAGAGAAUGUUGAAAGCUGUCGACGAUCAUCUCUGGUAAACUAUGUUGAGGCCGUAACGGUCCUUCACGACAACGACUACGGCAGCUACAGUGACGAUAAAGACAAAGGCGUGGGCGAAUAUGAAGGCGAAUAUGACGAUAGUGAUAACGAGAGUGAUAAUGAUAAUAAUAGAACACACGAGAAAUCCACAGCAGAAACUGCAGAGACUUCGGGAAAUAGAGCUCUUUGUGUGGAGGAAGCAGUAAUUAAGGAGGACGGGGAUGAUAACAAUAGCACCAGCGCCAGCAAGAAGAAUAACAAGACCAACGCCAGUAUCAGUCUCAACAACAGUGUCAAUGGCUGUGAUAAUAAUUUUGAUGGUACUGGUUUUGAAGACAAGUGUAGUAGUUGUCCACAGUCCGAGUCUCGUAGAAAGGCAGGCUGGAUUGCACCAAUAUGCCGAUGUAUAAUUCAAUAG